AGAGCGCGGCGUUGCGGACGGCGGCGGCGAAGGGCAAAAGAAAGAGGCGUCCCGCGAUCAGAGAGCAGGCCGCAUUCGGGGUCCGCACGCUAAGCACUCAGGAUGUGUCGCGCAAGUUCUUCGUACGCUACGCGGUGGUGGGCCCUCGUCGCUGCCGGCUUGGCCGUCGCGGCCUUCUGCCACGCGCUCGAACAGGAUGACGGAACCGACAACGCAACAGACUCUUGCCCACCCAUUCCGAAUUGCGGCAUUGGAUACACGUGCAAAGUGGUGAAGCACCCGGACAACUGUCCCAUCUGCAAAUGCGUGCCCUGUGACGACAAGCCUUGCGUGCCAAAGGAAGGCUUCGGAUGUACCUCCAUCCAAAUGGCCACCGGUUGCCGGAUGUGCCGCUGCCUGCCCUGCAGGGAGCUCAAGAGUUGCGAGGCACCGUGCACCAAGCAGCGCAACUCGGCCGGCUGUCCCGUCUGCGACUGUCCCGGAACCAAGGGACCCUUUGGCACGACAGCCGGCAACCCGGAAGUGGAAAGCAUGCCUUUCGACUACCAGAACGAUGCCGAGAACAGCUUCGACCCAUGAGACAGCGGAGUUGUGCAGUGCGAGCCUGUUAUUCAUGUGUUUUGACAUUGGACUGGUAGGCGCAGCUGUGCCUCGAUUCAGUGAGCAAUGGCUUGUGGACCUGCGUCGUUUUAAUAGUCUCGGCAGAGUUACGGCGUUGAUGCAUUCGUGAAGCGCUCGCUCAGCUGAUCGUCACCAUGUAAGGUAUCGGCGCAAGGAACCAAGCCGGGUGUGCUAGACAUGUCCCUAUCGAUGACUUGAACGCAGCUGGUCAUGAAAGAAUGUAGCGAAACGAAACGCGACAGCUUAAGGUACACUUUACGCAAUGUUCCCCGAGUGCGAGAUCUCUCUCAUAUACUUGGCUGUUUUUUGUGUGUUUUUUUCUAAUCGAGAGUAGGCUUUUUUUUUCUAGAAAUCCCUGAAAGCGAGAAAUGCUCGAUACUUUCGCCUGGACAAAACAGCAUUGCCGUUUGUCUAGCUUAAGCUGAAGUGCCCCAACGUCUCGUUAAAGCAUCGUCCGGGUGUGGUCGUUCAAACCGCGAAUUACUACUCGUAUCUAAAUAGUUUACCGUAACUGACGUGGAAAAUACCUCCCUACUUGAGUGUCAGUACGUGUAGAGGAUAGGUCAGUUAUGACCAAGGCCCGUGCUCAUCUUGGCCACACCCUUGAAGAUGUUUCCAACCAGAACGAUUUGGGUAUCGUACGCGCUGCACACCAAUGGGUGGCAGCCGGCGCGGGACGCUGGUUGCUCCACCUUCCAUCUUCAUUAAAAACAUUGUACAUUCCUGAGGCAGUCAGAUGGGACUCAUGCGCGGUCGACGCGGUACACUUGGCGACUUCACUUAAUGGUACAUGGCAUGUAAAUGCUCAAUUCACAUAAAUGACACUUCGUCAUCGUUUUGCGUAAAAAACAAAACAGAGAGUGCCCUUUGCACGAAACACGAAAUCUCACGCCAGAUUUCACCUUGUGUGCAUCUGCAUGUAAGCGCAUUAAAGAGGAAAUACAGGCAGCGAAAUGAACGAGACACGGCUUCUAUGUGCACGUUACUAAAGCCGCUUUAGAUGUGGAUUCAACGAACUUGACAAGUACACGCUACACACAAUGGCUGCUUAUUUUUGAGUCCACUUCGUAUAAUUGGGUGCAGCAGCGAGACCCGAAACUCCUGUCGGUAAUUGCUCACGUGUGUGCUGGUCAUCUGUGCUAGUAUUAUAACUGCACGAUGAGCACUAUGCCCACCGCUGAGGGCGAUGAACGCAUCAGAGCAUUUGCCAAGAAAAUGUUUACACUUCAUAUAUCAUGCUACAGACGUCAUUUAAAACACUAAUGUACGUUUUAAAAUGCCUGCAGAACAAUCAGUUGCACUAUCACUUAUAGGCACUACAAUUUACGUUGUUUCACAAGUCUUGUUCCGAAGGUUCUGCAUGGAGAAGAAAUUUCAUAACAUGCAACUAUAUUUUAUUGUGGGUUAUAUCAGCGUUGUGUACAAAUGCUCACCAUGCAAAGCUCUACCGUAAGUAUUUCGUGUUCACCCGACACCCUGGCUCGACAAUGAUGUGGAAGCACUGUACAAGUGGCAGUUCUGUGGCUUUUCGAAAUAAGGAUUAAUCAGCGAACCAAAGCAUUGCACGAGAUUUUCGAAGUGAUGUUGAGAUUUGUGGGCUGAUGUUUACCCUAUGCACGUAGCCUUCAACCGUCCAAUUUGAAGAAACUUUGAGCAGCUUCAGCCUAAUCUGAAAGUAGGGCCCUCACAACUGCUUCGCCAAAAAUUUAUUAGCCAGUCAAAGGCCACAAGUUACUCCAUUCUAUCGCUUACGCGUAAGAUCUUCAUAUGAAAGCAGCACAUGUUUCGUGCUUUUGAAAAUCAGCCUCGUCACAUCAAAAUGACGCGCUGUGUAGGUUGGCAUCUGUGUUUGACAUCGAAAUCUGCCGCUGCGGUUUGACAACGACUCUGUUUGUGUCGAGACUUGCGAGAUCCGUUGUGCGAUGCCUGAUGUGGAGCAUAGUCACGGCUGCUUUACGCGUUAAAAACAUGAACACUGAUAGUCUGCAAUUGUGUGUUUUUUUUUUAAACCCAGGCACUGCAUUCGUGCCUUAAAUGAAACAACAGAACAGCGCAAGACGCGUCAAAAGCGCUAAUGAAUGCUGUUAGUACAUUUUCAAAUGCCAAAGUACCUUUUUUGAUGUAUUCAUUAAAAGAUUUAAACAUAC